GCUCCUCUCGAUUCCCGGAAGCGGCGAGGCAAAUUGCUGCCUCCGCCUUCCUCGUCCUCUUCCCAACCCCCCCCCCCCGCUGGCCUCAACCAAUGAGCACGCACGCCAGGGCGCGCUGGGGGACGUUGUGUGACGUCUCGGCUACGCACGCUUUAUCAGGCGUCUUCCCGCGCCGCAGUCUCUCUGUUCUCCCGGUUCCUUCGAGCUCGUCGUCUCUGCCGUCCUCUGACUUUUAAUUUCCAGGACUUGCCUUCUGCCAUGUCGUCUGAAGAAGGGAAACUCUUCGUAGGAGGGCUCAACUUCAACACCGAUGAACAGGCACUUGAAGACCACUUCAGCAGCUUUGGGCCUAUCUCUGAGGUGGUUGUUGUCAAGGACCGGGAGACUCAAAGAUCCCGGGGUUUUGGCUUCAUCACCUUCACAAACCCAGAGCAUGCCUCAGAUGCGAUGAGAGCUAUGAAUGGAGAGUCCCUGGAUGGGCGCCAAAUCCGAGUUGAUCAUGCAGGAAAGUCUGCCAGGGGAUCCAGAGGGGGUGCCUUUGGUGGGCGUGGUCGCAGUUACUCUAGAGGUGGUGGAGACCAGGGAUAUGGAAGUGGAAGAUAUGACAGUCGUCCUGGAGGAUAUGGAUAUGGGUAUGGGCGGUCUAGAGACUACAGUGGCAGAAGCCAGGGUGGCUAUGACCGCUACUCAGGAGGAAAUUACAGAGACAAUUAUGACAACUGAGAUGGGGCAUGCACACAAAAUGUGGAUGAAGACUCAGGAACUUCCCAGAAUACUGCCUCAACCAAUGAGCCAGGCCCAGGUUAUGGGGCACUGGGGCUAAGCCUACCAGGUGGGUACUUGGUCAGAGGAAGGAAGCAUUCUAUGCUGGGCCUUUGGGGAACUGGCAGAACCACAUGCUGCCCUAAAGGUAGGUCAGGGGUGGGGAGGAAGGAAAGCCAGUGUCACUUGAGGUGGUAGUUCAUCAUCAACCACAAAAUGACAAGAGUUGGAUGGUUUUCUAGCUGUGUGUGUAUAUGUAUGUGUAUAGCAGCAACAAAGAACAAAAAUAGUAGCCUCAUAUUUCUGUAACAAUUGUUCUACUUUCCAGAUAGAUAACUGGAGGUAUAUUGUAAUAAUUAGCUUUGCCUUGGUGCUAAUUAUUGCCAGGGAAAGGGCCCAGGAGGUCCACUGCAAAGCUUUAUGGUCAUGCAGACAUUAGUAAAACUCAAAUUUGAGGUCCAAAGCUCCCCAAACACCCAGUGAGAGAUUAAAGGUAGAGCCACAACAGCGGACACCAUAGGCAGAUCACCUUAGUGCUACAAUUAAAGGAUUGCGAUGUCCUUGGGCUUGCUGCAUGCUAGGUUAGCAGUUUUCUAUCAAGAUAUACUCCAGCCUCCAAAACUCAGGUUUUAGGCCCUGUUUCCAGGCUUUCUCAGUUUUAGCAUUUAAAAUGAGAACUGCUUUUUCAGUGGAUUUUAGGGUUUUAAACAGAAAAAUGUUUAAAAUGGAUUAAGUCCCUAAAUAAUGCAGCGACACACUUAGGCCACAUUUUGCAUUGAAAGGCAUACAGGAUAUGUGCUAUCAACCAAUCUUUCCAAAGCAAGCUCUAUAGUUAAUUAGGGCAUGUGAAAACCAGUAUCCUGAUAUUGCAAACUUCCUACCACCUUCUCAGCUACAGUCCUCACCCCUUCACCCUUUGAGGCUAUUCUACAUGGGCCAUAAAAGCUCUAAAAAAAUUCCCACUUCUAGGAUUGAUUGAAGGCAAGAAAAAUAUUGGUGAGACCUGAUGAGAGUUUUAUAAUCACUACCUGUUUAAUUAGCAUGAUUACAGUAAGGCUCUUAAUGUUAUUUUUUGAGGAACUUAGCUUGUUGAAAUUUGGCAUUCCAAAUAAACCUUUUUUGAUACGCUCUUGUAUUUUUUAAAUUCAAGGCAAGCCCUUGAUGUGUGUGAAAAAAAUUUUCCUAUAGAUGAAAGUAGUGUAAGUUUUGGUUAUUUUAACAGAAGUCAGCAUGGCCUAUGAGAAAGCAUUUGUAAGGAAUACAAUACUCUUGUGCAUUGAAAUGUAGAGUCUGUGGGAACCAGUUGCUUUGGUUUAGACUGAUAACUAAAAGCAACAGAUUUUUAGCCAAAAGGAUAACAUUUGUCUCCAGUUUAACCCACUGGGGAAGGGAGCAGAUGACAUCUUAGAAAUUAAGCAGAGUUAGAACAGCUUGACUCAUUCAGCAGACUUGUUUUUGACAGGUGCAUAAAGUAUUAAGUUCUAAAACCUGUCAGAGCAAAGUAGCAUUUUUUGCUUCACUAGGGAUUCAUAGCUAAGCAAGCAGUCUACCAACUUAAUACCCAAAGCUUGGAUUAUUUUUUUAAUUAUUUGAUUUAUAUGAGUACACUGUCAUCUUCAAACCAGAAGAGGGCAUCGUGUAUCCCAUUACAGAUGGUUGUGAGCCACCAUGUGGUUGCUGGGAGUUGAACUCAGGACCUCUAGAAGAGCAGUCAGUACUCUUAACUUCUGAGCCAUCUCUGCAGCCCAGCUUGGAUUUUUUAGAUGGGAACUUAUAUAGCACAGACUGUCUUCCACUCUCCAAGUACUUGAGUCCAUAUUGUUCCUAUAGGCAUUUUAAUUUAGUCCUAAGGUAGUGUACAUUUAAAGUAUUGGACGUGGUUUGCUAACAUACAUAGAAGGUAAUUGUCAUUUUAUUGCAUUCAAACAAUCUGCUUUUGAUAUCUGUGAAAAUGAUUUAUCUACAUAUUUUAAGUGUGUGCUAUAGUAUCACUAUGGUGAUGCUGUCUUCAGGAUGCAAACAGGACUUCAAAUCAAGGAUGAGGUAAGUAUGCUAUCCUUGAGCUAUCUCCCUUUAUUUUUAAGGUCAGAUAUUAUAUCCUUUACUUGUGUUGGGCCCAUUUAUUGGCUUUUGGAAAUUUAUAAAGGAAAUGCAAACUUUUUUGAUAUGCCUCUUCCAAAAUAAUUACUUUUAUUAAAAUAAUUUUAAAAUUUUUU